UCACCGUCUAGGUUAAGCAACCCCCUGAGCUGCCAGCCUUUCUCCCCCGACGGUAGCCAUCUUUUCUACUAUCUACAGUCAUCAUGGCGUCCUUCGCCAAUCCCACGCAGAUCUUCGCCGACGAUGUGAUCGAGGAGAAAGGAGAAAAUGCUCGUCUGUCUGCCUUCGUCGGUGCUAUCGCCGUUGGUGACCUUGUGAAGAGUACUCUGGGUCCCAAGGGAAUGGACAAGAUCCUCCAGUCAGCGUCGACCGGCGAUAUCUUGGUCACGAACGACGGUGCCACAAUUCUGAAGUCGAUUGCCCUCGACAACGCAGCAGCCAAGGUUCUGGUCAACAUCUCGAAAGUUCAGGAUGACGAAGUUGGUGACGGCACAACCUCCGUGACAGUGUUGGCGGCGGAGCUGCUGCGGGAAGCCGAGAAGCUGGUCAACCGCAAGAUCCACCCUCAGACUAUCAUCGAAGGUUACCGGAUAGCCAGCAAGGCUGCUUUGGAGGCUCUGGAGAAGGCUGCCGUCGAUCGUAGCACGGACAAGGAGCUCUUCCGCAAGGAUCUGCACUCCAUCGCUCGCACAACUCUCAGCUCCAAGGUUUUGGCCCAAGACCGCGAACACUUCGCUACCCUCGCCUGCGAUGCUGUUCUCCGACUCCGCGGUUCGACCGACCUCAGCCACAUUCAGAUCAUCAAGAAGGCCGGUGGCAAGCUCAGCGAUUCCUAUCUCGAUGAGGGUUUCAUCCUCGAUAAGAAGAUUGGUGUGAACCAGCCCAAGCGCUUGGAGAACGCCAAGAUCCUGGUCGCCAACACUGCUAUGGACACGGACAAGGUCAAGAUCUUUGGUGCUCGGGUGAAGGUCGAGUCGACGGGCAAGCUGGCCGAGCUGGAGAAGGCCGAGCGUGAGAAGAUGAAGGCCAAGGUUGAGCGGAUUAAGGCCCACGGCAUCAACUGCUUUGUCAACCGUCAGCUUAUCUACAACUGGCCUGAGCAAUUGUUCACGGAAGCCGGUAUCAUGUCCAUCGAGCAUGCCGACUUUGACGGCGUCGAGCGCUUGGCCCUGGUUACCGGUGGUGAGAUUGCCUCGACGUUUGACCACCCCGACCAGGUCAAGUUGGGUCACUGCGAUGUUAUUGAGGAGGUCAUUAUCGGCGAGGAUACCCUGAUCAAGUUCUCGGGCGUGGCUGCCGGUCAGGCAUGCACCAUUGUGCUCCGUGGUGCCACGGAGCAGCUUCUCGACGAAGCCGAACGCUCUCUUCACGAUGCUUUGGCUGUUCUCUCCCAGACGGUCAAGGACCCCCGUGUGACUCUUGGAGGUGGAUGUGCCGAGAUGGUUAUGGCCAAGGCAGUGGAGCAGGCCGCUCAGAACACAACGGGCAAGAAGCAGCUGGCCGUCGACUCCUUCGCCAUUGCCUUGAAGCAGCUGCCCACCACUCUGGCCGACAACGCUGGCUUGGACUCUAGCGAUCUCGUGACUCGCUUGCGCCAGGCCAUCAACAACGGUAUGACCAGCUCUGGAUUGGACCUGCUCACGCCUGGAGGCGGCAUUGCCGAUAUGCGCGAGCUGGGUGUUGUAGAGGCCUACAAAUUGAAGAAGGCGGUUGUUUCUUCCGCAUCUGAAGCCGCAGAGCUUCUUCUACGUGUCGACAACAUCAUCCGGGCGGCACCCCGUAGACGUGACCGGGUCUAAGGAGGGUCUUAUGUGAAUAUGAUUCCAGGGGCGGUAUCAAAAGCGUAAUAAAUAAACUCUCAAGAUUUUAGUAAUGAACCGGUCAAAAUCGAGCUUCUGAACCGGAGCGCAA